UUUCCUAGCCAACCUGUGGAUCCUGUGUAACUCAGCAGGGAUUCAAAAGCACCUCAAUGCUAUACUUAUCUAGGCAAACUGCACCCAAGUCAGACGAGGGAUGUGUCCCUGCCUCACGUUUUGGGGAUUUAUUUUAAGCUACGAGAGACGGGAUAUUUAUUUAGUCCUUUCGCACCUUUGAGGGAUGUCACAACAGGAACCAUAACAGCAACCAAGGAUCUUUGGAUUUUCCUUCCAGGUAUUCUCUGGACCAGUUUUCUUCCUAACUCUUGGCAGAUGGGGAUCCUUUAACCAAGGACAAUGAUCAGAGAUAGCAAGGAGAUGGCUCCUCUCAUGGGCAGCAAGAAGGAAAAUCUGCCGGGGACCCCGCCGGCAGCUCCCCAAGAGAAAAAGCUGGCCGAAAACACACCGAACAAGAAAAGGGGACCGUGUUUUUUCAGCGGAAACAGCUCCACGCGCUCAGAGGUGACACGCCACACACUGAGGAACCCCACGAAGCCUGCGGAGGGGCAAGGCAGCCCUCGAAAGUUGACCAACCCAGUAGCUGCAUGGCAGAUCACUGGUCUCAUCCCCCUCUUUGGCUGCAGUUCCCACUUUUUUCUCGAGAUUGAAGCCUUCGACACCAAUGUCACACCAAGCCGGACGUCACCUCCUGUCUUCUCAAAGCCGAUGGACUCCAAUAUCCGCCCAUGUGCAUCUGCAAAUUGCGAAGAUAUGGACUCCCCACAGUCCCUCCAAGAUGACAUGACUGAAUAUACCCCAAAUGCAGACAGCUAUUGCACUAAUUCAUCUCAAAGCGCUCGACAAAACAACCGCCGGAAAAAGUUGAAGAAGUAUCUGUUUCGGGCAGUGUCAGAGGGCAGUAUAGAAGAACUCCAGCACCUCCUUGCCGAAGUGAAGGAUCGGUCCCAUGCCUGCAGAAACCUGACAGUCCAAGACUAUCUGAUGAAAAAAAUGACCUCUUCUGACACAGGCAAGACCUGCCUAAUGAAAGCCUUGCUAAACAUCAACGAGAACACAAAGGAAAUUGUGAAAAUACUUCUCUCAUUUGCAGAAGAAAACCUGAUCUUAGAAAGGCUCAUCAAUGCUGCAUACACAGAAGAGGCCUACAGAGGACAGACGGCUUUAAACAUUGCUAUUGAGAGACGGCAGUAUGACAUUACUCAGACCCUGAUCGAGAAAGGGGCGGAUGUGAACGCCCAUGCACAAGGCAUCUUCUUCAAUCCUAAACACAAGCACGAAGGUUUUUAUUUUGGAGAGACACCCCUGGCGUUAGCUGCCUGCACAAACCAGCCAGAUAUUGUCGAGCUAUUAAUGAACAACAGCAAGACGGACAUCACUUCCCAAGAUUCGAGGGGGAACAAUAUACUCCAUGCCUUGGUGACAGUCGCAGAAGACUUUAAGACGCAAAAUGACUUUGUGAGGAAGAUGUAUGAUGCCAUCCUCUUGAAAAGCAGAAACCGGGAUUUGGAGACGAUGAAGAAUAAGGACGGUUUGACGCCUCUGCAGCUAGCUGCGAAAACCGGGAAACUGGAGAUUCUGAAAUACAUUCUCAGCAGAGAAAUCAGAGACAAGCCAAACAGAAGCCUUUCCAGGAAAUUUACUGACUGGGCUUACGGACCCGUGCAGUCUUCCCUGUACGACUUGACAGAACUGGAUACCACCUCAGAGAACUCCUUGCUGGAUAUUAUUGUCUACAAUACAAAUAUUGGGAAUCGCCACGAAAUGUUGGCGUUGGAACCUCUGCAUUCCCUGCUGCGCAUGAAGUGGAAAAGGUUUGCCAGGCACGUGUUCUUCAUCUCCUGCUGUUUAUACUUCAUCUACAAUGUGUUGCUGACGUUGAUCUCGUACUACAGGCCUCAAGCUGAAAUGGCUCCACCAUAUCCUCUGAGUUUGACUGAUGACCUCAGCUGGCUCCAACUGACAGGACAAGUGACAGUGAUGCUGGGGGCCAUAUUUAUAGCAAUUAAAGAGAGCGUAGCUAUCUUCCUGCUCAGGCCUUCAGAUCUCCAAUCAAUCCUAUCUGACGCUUGGUUCCAUUUCGCAUUUUUUAUACAAGCCGUGUUGGUUGUCUUCUCUGUCUGCUUGUACUUCUUCUCCUACAAAGAACACCUUGCGUGCCUCGUCUUGGCCAUGUCCUUAGGGUGGGCCAACAUGCUGUAUUUCACCCGGGGUCUGCAGUCCAUGGGAAUCUAUAGUGUGAUGAUCCAACAGGUCAUCUUGCAUGACGUGAUAAAGUUUCUAGUGGUGUACAUUGUAUUUCUGCUUGGAUUCGGUGUAGCCCUUGCUGCCUUGAUAGAGUGUCCUGAAAACAGUAAGUGCAGUAACUUCAGCACUUUAGGAAAUGUUGAGAUCGAACUCUUCAAACUCACUUUAGGCCUCGGUGACCUGGAGAUCCAUGAUGAUGCAAAAUACCCCAUUCUGUUUCUGCUGCUCCGCAUCUCCUUCGUCAUCUUGACCUUUGUUCUCCUCCUCAACAUGUUGAUCGCAUUGAUGGGGGAGACGGUGGAAGAUAUAUCCAAGGAGAGUGAACAUAUCUGGAGGCUUCAGAGGGCAAGAACUAUUGUAGAAACAGAAAAGAUCCUGCCAAAAUACCUGAGGAGAAAAUUCCAGCUUGGAGAAUGGUGCAAAGUGGCAGAGAAUGAUACCAGGUUAUGUUUAAGGAUUAAUGAAGUCAAAUGGACUGAAUGGAAAACACAUGUUGCAUUCAUCAAUGAAGACCCAGGUCCAACAGAUUACAGCAGAAUGAAUGACACAUCAAGGAGUAAUAGCAAGACCACUCUGAAUACGUAUGAAGAAAUUUAUGAUUUGCCAGAAACAUCUGUUUAACGAAAGAACACAAGAAGAGCCUACUGCAUCAGGCCAAUGGCCCAUCCCAAGUCCAGCAUCCUGUUCUCAGAGUCGCCAAUCAGACGCCCAAAUAGGAACCCCAUAGAGCUGCACGUUGGACUAUAUAAGACUAUCUGGUCUCCUAGCAUAAUGACAGGGGUGUGGGCAGGAAAGGCUUCUGCUGUUACUGCUGCUAUUCCUUACACAGCCCAGCUUUCACUUCCAGAGGUUGGCUGAACUGGUUUCUUGUGGAAAUGAUAGGCAUCACUGUUGACAGAAAAGCAAAGUCCUGGAAGGGGAAAUAUGGGCAUCGACAUGGAAAAGAAAGAGCAACUGGUCCAAAUGCUAUGGUGAAAUAAGAUUUUGAGAUAGCCCAAUUGUGUGAAGGUCCAUCAGCGUAAGUUCAAGGAAUGAUUAUUCGGUUGGGCCUCUGCACUCCAAAUGGUAAUAUAUUCCAUGGACUGAAGGCAUUUAAAUAUUUGGUUAGGGUGCCACAAAUGUUGCUUCUGUGCUUUGACCAACUGCGUAGCUGGAAACAGAGUGCCUUUUCACAACUGCUGGCCCUCCAUCUCCAAAACCAACAACUAACUUUUCACAACUCUGCUUUGAAAGUGUGCCAAAUGAAACCUCAGGUCUAUAAAUAUUUUAAAGAUAGCUCUUUGUCAAAAUGUUUUCUUCAAACUUGGCAAUAUGUGAUACAGAAUCUCUCUCUUGCCUUUUUGAAGGGCGCUGUUUGUUUGUUUUACUUCCUAUGAAGCCUUGAGACUGUUGGUUGUACUAUGGGCAGGGGUGGGCAAACGUCAGACUUAUGGGAUCUACUUCUAUUUUUACUAGAUUCCCUUGGGAUCUAUUUAUUUAUUAGAUCCUUGAGAUCCACCAACUAGAGCCGGGUGCAAAAGACAUAUGCUUAAAAGAAUAUUGAACCUAGAAGCUUUUUUAGGUCAGCAGAAUGGGACAGAGUUAUGCAUGAAAACCUACUCUUGGUUACCUCUA